AUGUCGGCGACAAAAAGAACCGCACCUCCAACGACACAAGCGGCUUCCGCGCCGUCGAAAAGACCCCGACAAGAAAACGACGAGCCCGGGGUUCAUGUCAUCUUUGUUGCCAUCAGCCACCACAAAGAUAUAGGUGAAGAGGGCCCCGACUGCAGAAUCCCCUGCGACCCAGCUCUUGGAUCAUUUGAAGCGGGCGACGUCCUAGGCAGUUUGACGCCCGAAAGACUUCAGGAACUGGAAGUCGAUCUGGGUCCUGGACUUGUCAGCAAUAUCGGUCCCAAAGAGAAACAGAAAUAUGGUCUCGUCGACUUGGCUGGUCGUAUCACGAGAUCACAAAAGUUCAAACCAAAGCUGAUUCAGCCCUCCUGGAACGAACGCGUUGUCCUUCUUCAUCAGCAAGUUGUCACCUUGCUUUGGGCCGAAAGAUCUCAACGCAUGACGGUUGAGUACUGCACUCUCGGUUGGAUCAUGAGCCUCAUCAAGGAAGGAGGCAAUUCUCUCGGUAAUCAGUUCUGCGAUCACAACCGGCCGAUUAUCUUCUACAUUCCGCUUCACCCACGCGAUUGGAGCCUGCAUCCUGAAGUUCGUGUUCUUUAUGAAGCCAUAGAUGCACUCCAGCAUUUAUUUGACAACAUCAAUGUCAAGGCAUUGGAUUCUAUCGCAGUAAAAGAGUCCACACCGGAACCAUACCGUCACAGGCCCAAGACAUGCUUGGCCACCGGACCCUGCAAACUUGAUGAGAUACAGGGGUCACAAUUCGUCAGGUUCGCGUUUAGUGAUCGCGACGACUACGUGCAUCAUAGCACAGCCCCGAGCUAUAACACCUUUGUUCAUAGCCAGCCCUAUACCCAGGGAUCCACCAUGAGAGUUAUUCACCAGCAGUGCUAUUCCUCGGUUUCCGAAUGGGGAUACAUCCGCGUGUUUAUGGUUGGAAAUCAGAUCAUUGCCCGCAGCUUCUCCUCAAGCGACCAACGAACAAAAGUGCACAGCACAUCGAUUCUUCGUCACGAUUGCCACUUCGACUUUCGCGCCGAUGGUCUUCGACAUCCGGAUCCCGACCCAGAAGUGACUGAGCGACAAGAAGCAAAGCUGGAAGAACUCGACAACUUCUGCAAGUGGUGGCAGCACCAACUGACGACGUGUGAUCCUGAACUCUUUGAGUCUCUCAAGGUUGGGUGUAUCUUGAGAAUUGGCCUCUCGGAAGCAAGUCUUGAUGGGAAGUUCUUUAUACUCUCGGUUCAACGAUGGUAUGCUUCUCACUUUUUCAGUAUGGACUUGACAGCCAAGCCAUUCGAUCAGCUGUGCAAGGCAUUUGGUGAGCAGUUUGCACGAGUUUAUGGGUCUUUUGCUGCGAGGGAUGAAGCCGAUAUUUGA